CUGUAGAUCAACCGUCCCACUUUUACGCUUUCACCUUCCCAAAUAUGGCGGCAGAUUAAAUUGUCACUUUCAUCUGAAAAAUAGUCAAAUUCCAAGAUUUUUUAUGUAUCUAUUCAAGUAUUCUCCCUCCAUUCAAGUUAAAGUGACUAAAUUUUGUAUCCGAAUGUAUAUGGUAGGUUAAAAAAAUUACUCUUAAAAUGCCCAAAAAAGAGUUCAUGGGUUUCAAACCCAUAAUCAUACAGCGCAAUCUGCGUAAGAAGCCCCAAAAAUUGCGAAAAAGGAAAGUAAUAAAAAUGUUAGCGGUUAUGGAGGCCCAACAGAUCGCCGGACCGAGCAGUGGUACCGACACGUCCGGUACCGCGCCCGAUUGCCCGCCCCCGCACGCCCAGGAGUUUCUCUCGUCGGGGCGCACCGGCCGACGUAACGCCUUGCCGGACAUUUUGGGCGAGCACGCUCUGGUCACCAGUUCCGAAUUGCCGGGCCGCUUGCAGUCGUUGUCGACCUCGGAGCCGGGUCAAGGUACUUCGAAAAGCGAGGCUAGUACCUCCUCGAGUACGUACACUGUACCGUAAUGUAUUUUUAUUUCGUGAUCUUCUACUAUGUACAAAAAAUAUGGCAGGAUAGUUCGUAUGUCGUCAAUUGCUACUUUUGUAUUUAACACAAAUAAUUCGUACAAUGUGAUCGGGAGAUCUGUAUUUAUUUACAAAUUGUGCCACAAUUUUGUAUUAUUUUCUCAGCACAAGUUACGGGGAGUAAUCGGUUAAUGUGUCGAUGUGUGUCGAUCUUAGUAAUUGUUUGCUAUAGCUUUUACACUGUAGGCCUCUUUUUUUGCUUCUAGGCAACGAUAUUUGUGAUAUUUAUUUGUUGUACAGUUCAGUAUUAAGUGUUUUUGUUGUCUCGUUAGUAUUUCUUUAAAAUAAAAAUCAAAAUGCGCUGCUCAAACUGUACAUGUCGUUAGUAAAAGAAAGCAGCUGAAAUGCACUAGUCAAUUUAAUUAUGAAACGACCACUUUGGAAUUAUAAAUAUAUUUAUAUAGAAACCACAAUAAAUUGUACUACCUAAA